AUGCAACUGACUGCCCCGGGUCUGGUGCUACUUAGGACGAUCCCGGCAGCAGUCUGUGAACGCCGCGAACUCCCGGCAGCGGGCCAGGCACGGGCCGCCGCCUCUGCCCGGCGCCACCUCGCGGCCGCCCGCCCGCCGGGCCCGCCGGCGCCCGGUGCCUGCCGGGAGCGGCGGCCAUGUCGCGCUCCACGGGCCGCGGGCAGGGCGGGCAGGGAGGUUCCGUCGGCCCUUAGUUCUCUCCUCACACGGACCUCGGAUGCAGCAGCCCCUUCAGUGUCCAGAUAUCAGAAGCCAGGAGCCAUUGCCUGUAAUGAACACUUCUCUCAAACCACCAGGACUCACACUUCUAUGCUUGCUUUGUGCUGUUCACAAACUGCCCACAUGCUGUUCCUUCCCUCCUGUAGGACACUGACCCCUGACAGCAGAUUUGCUGAGGUGUUUUUUCUCUUCUACAUUGAGCCUUUCAGCAGGAAAUACCAGUCUGGUCUCAUAGAGAGUGCUCUGACUUGGAUUCAUAUGACCUGCUUUCUAUUCCUGGCUCUGGCUCUGAGUGACCUUAUGAAAGAAGUAUGGAAGAAUCCAGAGCUGUCUAUAAAUCACCUACCCAGUGCCCUGCCAAGCUUCUACAGUGGCAGGAAAGGUAGCAAUAAAACAAGAAGUUGGAACUGAGUUCUUGAGAUUAAGAAAAGAUCUGAUUACUGUCUGAGACUAACUCUGGGCUUGGGCUGCCUCCACCUCUUCUGCUGCAGUAGUAAUGCAUGCUCCCUUGAGAGGACAGAUUUAGUCACUGAGCGCAGCCUCUUCUUCAGAAGAAGAAAAUGUAAAGAGACAGCAGUUUCUAGCAAUAAAAUAAAAAC